AGCCAAAGAAAUUUGCAGCAAUGUGUUGUAAUUUAGUAGCGUGGUUGUAAACCAUUCUCAGUUUGCACUCAGGCACCUGCCAGCGACGCCCCAGCUGCCUACGAGACAGGGUCCUCAGCAAUGGGCGCCACGGUCUUGUAGCUCCGCCUCCCACCCAAUGUGUGGAUUCCUGGGGGCACCGGGAAGGAGAGAGAAAAGGGAAGAGGAAGCCUAUAGCUCAGACUUGCUAGUCCGCUGUGGCCCGUUCCUGCUCCCGCCUUCUGCGCCUGCGUCCGCGCCUGCGCGUGGAAGGUCUGCUCCGUCCACGGUCAUGGAGGCGCCGGCCACUCGCCUUCUCGUGCUGCUGUGGAUCGUGGGGGUGGCAUCUUCCGCCACCGCCUCGGAGGUGCAGCUGGUGAACGAGGAUGUGAAGCGCACGGUGGACUUGAGCAGCCAUCUGGCUAAGGUGACGGCCGAUGUGCUCUUGGUAAACCCAAGUGCCUCUGCCGGGCCAGUCUCGUCCUUUUUGCUGGCGCUGGAGCCUGCGCUCGAGGCCCGGCUGGCCCACCUCGGCGUGCAGUUAAAGGCAGAGGAAGAGGAAGAAAAUCAUUUGGAAGUACGAGAAGUGAAACUUAAAGGCAAAAGUGGGAAAAUAUUCACAGUGAAGCUUCCCUAUCCCCUAUCUGGAGGUGCCAAGAUCCGAGUGGUCAUUGAGACAGUCUACACUCAUGCUCUGCAACCAUAUCCAACUCAGAUCACCCAGUCAGAAAAACAGUUUGUUGUUUUUGAGGGGAACCAUUAUUUUUAUUCACCCUACCCAACCAAGACACAAACAAUGCGUGCGAAGCUGGCCUCCCGAAAUGUUGAGAGCUAUACCAAGCUUGGCAAUCCUACUCGCUCUGAAGAUGUGCUGGAUUAUGGUCCCUUCAAAGACAUUCCUGCCUUUAGUCAGGAUCCUUUUAAAGUGCAUUAUGAGAACAACAGCCCUUUCUUGACAAUUACUAGCAUGACCCGGGUCAUUGAAGUCUCUCACUGGGGAAACAUUGCUGUAGAAGAAACAGUAGACUUAAAACAUACUGGUGCUGUGCUUAAAGGGCCCUUUUCCCGUUAUGACUAUCAAAGACAGGCAGACAGUGGGAUAUCCUCCAUCAGGUCUUUCAAGACCAUCCUCCCUGCUGCUGCCCAAGAUGUAUAUUACAGGGACGAGAUUGGGAAUGUCUCUACCAGCCACCUUCUCAUCCUGGAUGACUCUGUGGAGAUGGAGAUCCGCCCCCGCUUUCCACUCUUUGGUGGAUGGAAGACCCAUUACAUUAUUGGCUACAACCUUCCAAGCUAUGAGUAUCUUUAUAAUCUAGGUGACCAGUAUGCCUUGAAGAUGAGGUUUGUGGACCAUGUGUUUGAUGAACAAGUAACAGAUUCUCUGACAGUGAAGAUAAUACUUCCAGAAGGGGCUAAGAACAUCCAAGUAGAUAGUCCUUAUGAGAUCAGCCGAGCCCCAGAUGAGUUACACUAUACCUACCUGGAUACAUUUGGCCGCACGGUGAUUGUUGCCCAUAAGAACAAUUUGGUGGAGCAGCACAUCCAAGACAUUGUGGUCCAUUACACAUUCAACAAGAUCCUCAUGUUGCAGGAGCCCCUGUUGGUGGUUGCAGCCUUUUAUAUUUUGUUCUUCACUGUGAUCAUCUAUGUGAGACUGGACUUUUCCAUCACAAAGGAUCCAGCUGCUGAAGCCAGAAUGAAGGUGGCCUGCAUCACUGAACAAGUUUUAACCUUGGUCAACAAGAGAUUAGGCCUGUACCGCCACUUUGAUGAAGCAGUCAACAAGUAUAAGCAGUCACGAGAUGUAUCCACUCUCAACAGUGGCAAGAAGACGUUGGAAAUGGAGCAUAAGUCCUUGACUAACGAGAUUGCAUCUCUGCAGUCUAGAUUGAAGACUGAAGGCUCUGAUCUUUGUGACAAAGUCAGUGAUGUUCAGAAGCUAGACAGUCAGGUAAAAGAUCUUGUGCUGAAAUCAUCGUUAGAGGCAGAGCGGCUGGUGGCGGGCAAGCUCAAGAAAGAUGCCUACAUUGAGAACGAAAAGGCCCUUUCAAGCAGACGCCAGGAGCUGGUCACCAAAAUUGACAACAUCCUUGAUGCUCUGUAACCUGUAGCACUACCUUAACUGCCCAGGAACUGCAAGAGCAUUGUUCUGGGGUGGAUCUCUCUGAACUUGGAGUAGCCAUCUCUUUGGGGCAGUGGAGAGGAGUUAGGAAAGUCAGGAAGGAUGGUGGCUGCCAAAUUUUGCAAGUAUUGUAUGAUCUUUUAAAAAUUGGUUCCUGACCCUUUGUUGUCCCUAGGAGCAGUCAAGUCAGGCUGAGGGCAUGAAGAGUCUUGCUCUUCCAAAAACCUUUCCUGUGUUUGUUUAAAAAAUACACACACAUACACCACACUUUGUAUUUUGAGGAAAGGAAUCUAAGUUUGUAUUCUUUUAUUCUCAAAUUGAGCAAGUGUUUAUUAAAUGCCUACUGUGUGCAAAGCACUUUGCUGAAUGUUGGAAAUGCAAAGAUGCAUAAGGCCUAGGAUUAUACUUGGAGAUUUUUAAAUGCUUUGAUCUGUGCCCUCAUAGCUUUAGAUUUUUGUUUUUGUUUUUGUUUUUUUUUAAUUUGUGUGAGACCAAACUGAAAUAAACCAGGGACUGUGAAUGUUUACUAAA